UAGUAUAAAACAAGGCAAUUGGGCUGCCAUAAUCAUCGAGCUCAUAUUCGUAAUAUAUUAGAUUGUUUUGUGAGAUUCAGAUUCCGAGCUUUUUCAAGUUUAGCAAAGGAGAGAAGAAUGGGCGGGAGUGAGAGAGAAGGAAGCAGAAUAAUGGUUGCUGUGAAUGAGAGCAUGUAUGCAUUGCAAUGGACUCUUGAUAACCUCUUUCGAGAAAAAAAGGACCAACAUAUCAUUGUUAUGCAUGCAGAGACUCCAGCUGUCUCUAAAUUUGCAUUAGCAGGCCAUGCCGCUGCAUCUGCAGGGCAUCAUGUGUUUGAAAUAGCUGGAAGAACACAAAACCACAUUACACAGAGAAUAUUAUCUCAAGCAAAAGAAAUUUGUGAGAAAGGCAACGUGAGCAUCGAAAUGAAAGUGGUGAUAGGAGAAACACGGUAUGCCAUUUGUGAGGCAGCUGACGAAAUGAAAGUAGAUCUCUUAAUUGUUGGAACUCAUGGUCAUGGAGCAGUUAAAAGAGCUAUUGUAGGAAGUGUGAGCGAGUACUGCACACGCCAUUGCAAGUGCCCAGUCAUGGUCGUCAAGAAACCUCACAGUUGAUAUAAAUCCAAAGCUAAUCCUGGAGCUAUUCAUGUACUCUAGAGAUUGUGUUUAUAUGUGACUUUAAGUCAUUCAUAAAUGGGUUUCUUUGUGUCUUUUAAAUAUUUGUAAAAGAACAAAAGAGAAGAAUGCAUUAUGCCCUUUUUUAUCUUCGCUGGGCUUGUAAUUUUUGUUGUAUGUAUAUUCUCUUUAAUGGACUUGUAAUUUUUGUUGUAUA